AUGGACAUUGACGAGGCAGCAACAGACAGACAAAUGGUCACUCCAGGUGAAAUCAUCACAAAAGACUCGGCCUUUAUGAGAGGUCACGGUACAUUUACUGAGGAGCAGGCUCUGGUUGCAUCGGUUGCUGGUGUUGUCGAGAGAGUAAACAAGUUGAUUUCAGUCAAACCGCUCAAAUAUAAUGGCGAGAUUGGCGAUGUUGUUGUUGGUAGAAUUAGCGAGUUGGGACCUAAACGAUGGAAAGUGGAUAUUAAAGGACGCCAGCACGCUGUCUUGCUCUUGUCAUCGAUUAAUCUACCAGGAGGUGUUCUACGUCGUAAAUCGGAAUCGGAUGAAUUGCAAAUGCGAACGUUUUUUGCCGAAGGAGAUUUAUUGAGUGCUGAAGUACAAGCGUUUUUUGGAGAUGGUGCAGCAUCACUACAGACUCGAGGUAUCAAGUAUGGCAAGUUACGCAAUGGAUCUUUGGUGAUUGUUCCAUCUGCUCAAAUUAAACGAUCAAAGUCACAUUUCAUCACACUUCCAUGUGGUGUAGAUGUUGUUUUGGGUGUGAAUGGCUACGUGUGGGUUUCCAAACACAUACCAGUUGAUCCUGAAUGGGCCAACCAACCAGAUGGACUUUAUACAAAUGAGAACGAGUCGAUAUCUGAUGCUGAACGUGAGGCUAUUGCUCGUGUAUGCAACGUGAUUACUCUUCUUGGUCGUCAAAACUGUGAAGUACACGAAAGCUCUAUUGUAUAUGCAUUCGACGCAUCUCUAGAUUAUCCAGUAAAAGAUCUUCUCAAAACAUCUGUUCAACAAGCAGUUAUCAAUCAGGCAUCAGCCUUGUUACGAGAAGCCAAAACCCAAUAAACAUUUGAUGUGC